AUGCCACGAACCGUCCUCAUCACUGGCUGCUCUGACGGGGGCCUGGGAGCGUAUCUGGCAGUGGCCUUCCAUAACCAUGGCGACCGCGUGUUCGCUACUGCUAGGAAUCCCUCCAAGACCGCCUCUCUCAGACCGCUCGGAAUCAAGAUACUCUCCCUCGACGUCCUUUCCGAUGAAUCUAUCAAGGCCUGUGUACAAGAAGUAUCCGUCUUAACUGGUGGCUCGCUCGACGUCCUGGUCAAUAACGCCGGUGGUGGUUAUAAUGCUCCUGUCGUGGAGGCCUCGAUUCCCCAAAUCCAGGAUCUCUUCGACCUCAACGUGUGCUCGAUAAUCCGGACCACGCAGCAUUUUCUCCCUCUCCUUCGCAACGCCAAAGACGGCGCCCUCAUAGCCAAUAAUACCUCGGUGAGCAGCGUUUUCUACCUCCCCUGGCAGGCGCCAUAUAACGCCUCGAAGGCCGCAGCGGCCGCAAUCACGGAGAAUAUGCGGCUGGAACUUCAGCCGUUUGGGAUUAAGGUUGUCGAACUCAAGACCGGAGGUGUCAAGUCGCGCUUCUUCGAAAACUCGGCCUCGCGCAUCCAGCCAGUGCUGUCAGAGUCCUCUAUUUACGCCCCGGCCCGAGAGAAGAUUGAGUCCGUUCUUGGUGGUGACCUCGGCGUCACUCAAAUGUCUACAGACCAAUGGGCUCGUCGCGUCGUUAAAGACCUAUCUAAGCGUAGUCUGCCCGUGCAGGUAUGGCGGGGCGACAGUGCUACUAAGGCCUGGCUCAUUCUCACGUUCCUUCCCGUUGGCUUCCUGGAUUUUGUGGUGAAAAAGAUGUCAGGCUUGGAUAUGUUGGAGAAGAAACUGAAAGAGGAGGCGAAGACAAAAUAG